AGACCCGCCGGGACCCGCCAGAUCCGCUCUCCGAGGAUGCUGCGCUCCGCCGGCCCGGCACAGGCCCUGCUGCUGAGCGCCCUGCUGUGCCGCCUGGCCGCCGCCGACUAUGCAGCACUACCGACAGCAGUCAAUAUAACUUGGUCUUCAAUCAAUUUUAAAACUAUACUACAGUGGCAGCCAAAACCAGCAGGUUACUUCUAUACUGUAGAAAUACAUGGACAGACAUCUGACAUUAAAAAAAAAUGCGUCCUGACAACAGAAACAGAAUGUGAUGUUACUGAUGCACUCAAGGAUGUAAAAGAGACCUACGUAGCCCACAUACUGUCCGUAAUGCCCGCGGGGAUGGAUAACUUUGAAGAACCACCUUAUGCACUUUCUGGAAAAUUUACUCCUUAUAGUCAGACUGUUAUAGGAAAACCAGAGAUAAAGAAUUAUACCCAAAAAGGUUCCAAACUGAAUGUCGUGAUCAAAGAUCCACUUACACCGUAUACAUUUCCUAAUGGAAGCUUUCAAAGUAUUCGAGAUAUUUUCCAGCAUGACCUGGAAUACAAGCUCUAUUACUGGAAAGAUCAAAGUUCUGGAAAGAAAGAUGCGAUAACAAAAAGCCCUACAUUUGAAGUAAGCGUUGAGAGCACAAAGAACUAUUGCUUCUAUGUCCAGGGAUUCGUUCCAUCCCGCAGAGAAAACCGGAAUGGCCAAACGAGCGUGGUGCACUGUACCACUGGAGAAAGGGGGAUCUUCGAUGAAUAUGGAGCAGAAGUCUUUAUCAUCAUAGCAGUGAUUGCAAUUGCAGUCAUCACUCUUGCCAUCGUCCUGCCAGUGAUUCUGUGUAAACGCAAGAAAGCAAGAGCUGCGAGAGAAAAGGAACCACUUAAUGGUGUCUAAGGAAAAAGUAUUGUGGACACCAGUGGCAGCACCAAGGCAAAAAAAUCCACCAAAACAAAAAACCAUAAAUUGGAUAAUUAGGUGGAGCUUUUUAGGCUUUCUGAAACAGGAAUUAUGAAGCCCAAAUUUUAUGUGGAUUAAAAAUUCCAUUAAGCUGUCACAGAUGAAAAAUCUAGCUAUCAGGAAGCCCCUGUAACAUUAGUAGCUGGAGCUGGAGGAGUAUUCUGGUGAUCUGUUACAAUCAUAGAAUCGUAGAAUAUGCUGAGUUGGAAGUGACCCACAAGGAUCAUCAAGUCCAACUCUCGGCCCUGCAUAGGAUACCCUAAGGCACAAACAGCGUGUCUGAGAACGUUGUCCAAACGGUUCUUGAACUUAGACAGGCUUAGUGCUGUGACCACUUCCUUGGGGAGGCUGUUCCAGUGCCCAGCCACCCUCUGUGUGAAAAACCACCUCCUGACAUCCAACCUAAACCUCCCCUGACUUGGCUUCAUGCCAUUUUCCUGAGUUCUGUCACUGGUCACGAGAGUGAAGAGUCAGUGUCUGUCCUCUGCUUCCCCUCAUGAGGAUGCUGUAGAUGAUGGCAAAGAAGUCUCGCCUCAGUCUCUUCUUAUCCAGGCUGAACAGAACAAGUGACCUCAGCUGCUCCUCAUACAGCUUUCCCUCAAGGCUCUUCACCAUCUUCGUUGCCCUCCUUUGGACUGCACACAAUACUCAAGGUGAGGCUGCCCCAGUGCAGAGCAGAGCGGAACAAUCCCUCCCUCGGCUGGCUGGUGAUGCUUUGCCUGAUGCCCCCAGGACAUGGUUGGCCCUCCUGGCUGCCAGGGCACUGCUGACUCACAUUCAGCUCGCCAUCGACCAGGACCCCCAAGUCCCUUUCCGCAGUGCUGCUCUCCAGCCUCUCUCUCCCCGGUCUAUAAACAAAGCAUCUGUCCCGGGUGCAGAAUCCAGCACUUGCCCUUGUUAUACUUCAUAUGGUUGGUGAUUGCCCAUAUCUCUAAUUUAAGCUCUCUCAGCAGAGAGCUUAACCCUUCUCAUAGACUGUUCCCAAGCCCCUUCUAUUGUCCUGUCUGAAACAGGACUCUGAACUAAAGGUACUUUUGACUUGAUCAGUGUGGCCUUAUUGAGCCGGAAGAUUUAUGGUACAGCUUUACGGUACUUGUGAGGGGAAAGAACACUACUCCUGAAAAAUACGUGUCCUUUACCUAACUAAAGGAACAUAAUUCUGUUUCUGUGAAACAAAACCUGUAUUUAUCUGCCUUUUAAUAUUAUUAACUGGUGAAAUGAUCUGUUAGUUCAGAUGUGACAAAAUUGCUACUAUUAUUUCUGCACUUCUUGGAUAAAAUUAACUCGGUCUAUUUAUCUUUGAAUAUAGACAAUUGAAGGUAAACAAACUGAAACUACUGGUGACUUGUAAGGAACUCUCUUGAAGCAGAUACCUGCUAUCCAUCUGGAAAGUAUAUCCAGAUUACACUACAUUGAGAGUUGUACUGACAGGGUAGUCUGACAGAUCCAAGUAAGUGUUAGAACAAAUACGUUGCAGGCUUUGAGUCAGUAAUAACUCACUUCAUGCAAGCACUGAAUAGGUAGCAGUAUUUAGUACAUUUUGAACAUCAUUUUUAACUAAACAGGUGAUGGAUGAAUAGUUUCUGUGGCAUAGAUUCAAAUUGUCUUGGUAUUGGGAUUUGAAGGUACAUGUUGCUUUGUCUUUUAAUAUUUAUUUUAUAAACGAGAAUCUAACUUUUAUACUGGUGAUAUCUGUAUUUAUGGUGAUAAUUUAUACUUUUCUAGUGAAAUAAAGGUGACUGGAAAAAGAA